UUUGCAGUUAGACUUGCAGCUGACAGAUAUAGACAACAGAAAGGAGGGAGAGAUAGCAGAGGAGGAAUGGAGAAAAGGGGGCAGCUUCAAGAACCCUGUAACACGGAGCGGACUGUAACUGGGCCUGAGUAUCCUGGUGAGCUGGGCUUUGACUUUCUGUUAGCUCAGCUUAAGAUGGUCAUGUAAAGACUAACAAGUUUUUAAAAAAGGGAGGAAUUACACUGUUGUUGCUACCUCUGACAAUCGGCAUCAGAUCAAAGUACUUGAUGGCUGUUACACAGGCUGUGCUCCCCUCCUUCAGCUCCUUCUCCAACCUCAUUCAAUCCUGUGGCAAUAUGAAAGUGUGGAAGUCUGAGGCUGACUCUCUCCUUCCAGACUCUCUCGGCAACAAACCGUCACCAAGCAGCCCUGAGCAACUGCAGGUCUCUCAACAGAUGACAGAGGAGCUCCUGGAUGACGACAGCCAGGCAUCCUGGGACAUUGAGUUCCUGCUGUCUGAUUGGAGCAGCCCAUCGCCCGACCUCAACCCAUCUCUGGACAAGAAUGAUCAACGGCUCCCACAGUUAGACCCAAACACAGCAUACCAAGAGGUGGACAUGUUUAAGGACCAACCUGGACAAGAGCAUAUGCAGAUGAGCACUGGCUGCCUCAUGGCGGAGCUCCUGUCCCCAGCUGAAACCACAACGCCAGUCCAGCCAGAGAUGCACCACCAUGGUUAUAAAGACGACCAUACAGGUCGGACUUCAUUUCCCAAUCCACCUCAUGUAGAUCAGUUUGGCUUCCCUCAAGGAGGCAGUUACGAGAGGCACAACAGAGGAAACUUCACUAAAAUCUCAUCGUGGGACUUUAACCCUUACUAUCCCCACCAACACCCCUCCAUGGGGACCUUCCCCGAGAGCAGGUUCAUACCACUUCAAGCUGUGACCCCUGAGCCUCGACACUACAGCUACAUGCCCCACUUUAACCACAAUGCCAACCAUUUCUGUGAAUACCCCCACAGCCAGACCAGUAGUCAUCUGCAUCUUCACCAGCAGUCAAUGCUGGUGGUUCCACAGCUGCCCCCUGGUGGGAUGGAGGGGAAACGUAGUCGAAGGGCGACAGGGAAAAAGAGGCCCGCCAUCCACAGCUGUGAAUACCCUAGCUGCAGCAAGACCUACACCAAGAGCUCGCACCUCAAGGCUCACCUCCGCACCCACACAGGGGAAAAGCCUUAUCAAUGUUCAUGGGAGGGCUGCAACUGGAAAUUUGCCCGCUCAGAUGAACUGACGCGUCACUACCGCAAGCACACGGGCCAAAAACCCUACGAGUGUCUGCUGUGUCAGAGGGCCUUCUCCCGCUCCGACCACCUAGCUCUGCACAUGAAGAGACACACUUGAUGCACUUGCGCCAUGAGAACCGACAACACCAACAGUGGUAGGAUGGCAUCACAAAUCACUGUGUGAAGGCUGCCUGAGGGGAGUUGUUUGAUUUGGUUGAGCGGUUUUUUAUUCACUUUAGACGACAAAUGAGACCAAUUCAAUUCAGAAGCCUUCCACAUAUGAAAUUCUUAAUUUUUUUAAUAAAAUGAUUGAUUAGUGACCAAGUUACCAUUAGGUAAUGACAUGAAGACAUGUUUUAACCACAAAAUGAUUUGUAUAUGCUCAGUACAACCCAAAUACAUGCAUUUGCAAGUGUUUUACAUAGUUGCUUGGAAUUGUUUGGAAGUAGUGACCAUAUGACAAAUUAUAUGAUAUACUAACGGACAUUUUGUGGGUGAAGUAUUUCUUUAACCAAUUACUUUUAAGAGUACUCCGCUGAUGACGACGUACUCCGAAAACAUUGUGUAACUAAAAAAUAAGUUUCAAAAUCGAUGGAGCAGAACCAGAGAUAUGUCAUCUACAUUACCCAUAAUGCAGUUCGGCCAUUAACAGUUAUUUUGGAGAUUCUGGUGUGUUAUGCUAAGAGCAACUAGUGUAGCGAUGAGGAGCCGACUGUAGAGGUCUGGUAAGAUCCCUUUGUUUCUAACUCCUCACCUCAAAUUAUUUUUAUUUUCAAACUUGCAGUUUUCAGAUCUGACCAACACUGAAUUAAGGGACAUCAUUUAAGGCCAUUCAUCAGACUUCACACAUGCUCCCUCUGGAGCAACAGAAGGCUUUAUACAUUUCUCACAUGCAGUGUUACUCCCCAAUAAGGGCCUCUUAGACGAACACUGUACACACUGUGGACAUGUAGGCAUCAAACAUUAACACUAACAAAAGAUCUACCAAAAAUGUGUGUAAUAUGGGUUAUAAUACAAUACACAGUAGUAUAUCCUGUUGGAUCUCAUGGUGCACUGAACAAAGACUGCUUAGUAGCCAUGUUUAGCUGUAUUAAUGGUGACGUAAUCUGAUAUCUUUGUCUGAUUUCGCUAAUAACUUUUGUUGAUUUUAAUAUUGAUUGUAGAAUACAAACAAACAAACAAACCAUGAAGUAUGUUAAACCAUGCGAUUAUACAGUGAAUCCGAGAUUAUGCAUUUUAGUCACCUACUUUUAUGUUUAUCUGUUUGGGGUUUUUUUUAUUUAAGAAACUGUAAAUAAUCCGUAUUUUUCUCAGUUGUUUAUAUAAUCUAAAUAUGCAAGCAACAUAUUUAUUAAAGUAAGAAGAUAGGCUACUAUUUUAUUGUACAGUGAUUUUUUUUUAAUCAAAGGAUUGUUAAAAUCUUUUAAUUAUUGUUUUCAUUAUCAUAAUUCUAAUAAAGACCUCUAAAGCUGUAAAA